AUGGAAAAUUAUAACCACACAUCAACUGGUUUCAUCUUAUUGGGGUUGUUCCCACAGUCUCCAGCUGGCUUGUUCUUCUUCAUUCUCAUUGUUCUCAUUUUCCUAACGGCUCUGUUGGGCAACCUGGCCAUAGUCCUCCUGACCCUCCUGGACACCCAUCUCCACACACCCAUGUACUUCCUGCUUAGCCAACUCUCCUUCGUUGACCUGAGCUACAUCUCCACCAUUGUCCCCAAAAUGGCUUCCAGUUAUCUCUCUGGAAACAAGUCUAUCUCCUCAAUAGGGUGUGGGGUUCAGAGCUUCUUCUUUUUGACUUUAGUAGUUGCAGAAGCAUUACUAUUGACAUCUAUGGCCUAUGAUCGUUAUGUAGCCAUUUGCUUUCCUCUCCACUAUGCAAUUCGUAUGAGCAAAAGAGUGUGUGUGCUGAUGAUAACAGGAUCUUGGAUAAUGGGCUCCAUCAAUGCCUGUGUCCACACCAUAUAUGUCCUCCAUAUCCCUUAUUGUCAAUCCACGGCCAUCAACCAUUUCUUCUGUGAUAUCCCAGCCAUGCUGACUCUGGCCUGCAUGGACACCUGGGUCUAUGAGUACACAGUGUUUCUGAGCACCACUCUCUGGAUUGUGUUCCCUUUCAUUGGCAUUGCAUGCUCCUAUGGCCGUGUUCUCCUGGCUGUCCACCACAUGCACUCGUCUGAAGGGAGGAGGAAGGCCUAUUCCACCUGCAGCACCCACCUCACUGUGGUGACUUUCUACUAUGCACCCUUUGCUUACACUUAUUUACGCCCAAGAUCCCUCCGAACUCCAACAGAGGACAAGGUUCUGGCUGUGUUUUACACCAUCCUGACCCCAACGCUCAACCCCAUCAUAUACAGCCUGAGAAACAGGGAGGUGAUGGGGGCCUGGAGGAGAGUGACUCAGAGAUUCUGCUCUGUGAAAAUUUAG